UCAUUCCCUUUGAUUUCUGUACAACUGGCUAUUUGAUCAAUGGUGGCGCAAGGGAAGAUAAGAAGAUAAAAGAAGACAAUUGGCCUUGAUGUCACCUCAUUCAUCACAAAGCUCAAACAUCUCCAUGGCGAUGGCUGCACCUUUUCUUCUCUUGCUUCCCUUUCUCCUCUCCAUUCUCCUCCUCACCUCAGCUUCUCCCUCCACAGACGUCAAACCACCCGCAGCCACCAUAACCCUUCCUCUCUCACCACUCACCAAAUCCCAUCACAAAAACCCAUUGCAGAGGCUCAACCACCUCGCCUCUUUAUCCAUAGCCAGAGCCCACCACCUCAAGCACCGCCACGAAAACCAUUCUUCCCCAACCAAAGCACAUCUCUUGGCUCGUGGCUAUGGCGGCUACUCGCUCUCUCUCAGCUUCGGCACGCCGCCACAGACCCUUCCUUUCAUCAUGGACACAGGCAGCAGCCUCGUUUGGUUCCCAUGCACCCAUCGCUACGUUUGCAACCAAUGCAACUUCGAAAACGUAAACCCCGCAAAAAUUCCAACUUAUAUUCCCAAGUUGUCGUCAUCGGUGAAGAUUUUGUCGUGUAAAAACCCAAAAUGCCGGUGGGUUUUCGGCGACGUUGCCCCUUUAAACUGUACAACUGAGACAUGUCCGCCGUAUGGGCUUGAAUACGGGUCCGGAUCCACUUCGGGUCUUCUUCUCUCCGAAACUCUUCGAUUCCCUGAUAAGGCCGUGAAAGGUUUCGUCGUUGGAUGCUCUGUUUUCUCGAGCAAUCAGCCUUCCGGCAUUGCCGGAUUCGGGCGCGGCCCUGAGUCGCUGCCGGCGCAGAUGGGUCUCAAGAAGUUCUCGUACUGUCUCCAGUCACAUGAUUUCGAUGACAAGCCUAAGAGCAGUGAAAUGGUUUUGACCGGGAGAUCUGAUUCCGGCGACGGGGAGACCAGUGGCUUGAGUUACACCAGAUUUAUCAAGAACAAAGCAGCGUCAAACUCGGCAUUUCAGGAAUACUAUUACGUAAACCUCCGGAAAAUUUCCGUCGGUGGCAAACACUUGAAGGUUCCGUACAGGUUUCUGGUCCCAGGAUCCGACGGCAACGGCGGGACCAUGGUGGAUUCCGGCACCACCUUCACGUUCAUGGAGAAGAAGGUGUUCGAAGUGGUGGCCCAGGAGUUCACAAAGCAAAUGGCGAACUAUAGCCGCGCGACUGACGUUGAAAAGAAGACAGGAUUAAGGCCGUGUUAUAAGUUUUCCGAGGAAAAAUCGGUGAAGUAUUCGGAACUGGUUUUUCAUUUUAAAGGUGGAGCAGAAAUGGCGCUGCCGGCGGCUGACUAUUUUUCAAUCGUGGAUGGGCUUGGGGCCGUGUGUCUGACGAUCGUGACCGACGACGACCCUGAUGCGCCGGAGUUGGCGGGAGGGCCGUCGAUAAUUUUGGGAAAUUACCAGCAACAAAAUAUUUACUUGGAGUAUGAUCUGGAGAAAGAGAGAUUAGGGUUUCGUAAACAAAUUUGUAGAUGAGACGAUGGGUUUGUCCGGACGGUGGUCGUGCAGAAGAGAAGUUUGAUUAUUAUUAUUAUUAUUAUUAUGAAAUUUUAUUUUAUA